UGCAGCGCAGCCAUGAGCGCGGGUUCGAUUGAGCAAGAGCCGUCGCGCAAGCUGGCCUGCUGCGGGGUGCCCCUCAUCACCGAGGACAUGCAGUCCCUGGCCAUCCGCACCCUCUCGGGCACCGACAUCAGCAAGCACUACGACCUCAUCCGCGAGCUCGGCAAGGGCACCUACGGCAAGGUGGACCUGGUGUCCCACAAAAGCACAGGCACCAAGAUGGCCCUGAAGUUUGUCAACAAGAGCAAGACGAAGCUGAAGAACUUCCUGCGGGAGUUCAGCAUCACCAACACGCUCUCCUCCAGCCCCUUCAUCAUCAAGGUCUUCGACGUGGUCUUCGAGACAGAGGACUGCUACGUCUUCGCUCAGGAGUAUGCCCCCGGCGGGGACCUCUUCGACAUCAUCCCGCCGCAGGUGGGGCUCCCCGAGGAGCUGGUGAAGCGCUGCGUGCAGCAGCUGGGCCUGGCCCUCGACUACAUGCACAGCAAGAGCCUGGUGCACCGGGACAUCAAACCGGAGAACGUCCUGCUCUUCGACCGCGACUGCCGCCGCGUCAAACUGGCCGACUUCGGCAUGACCCGCAAGGUGGGCUGCCGGGUCAAGCGCAUCAGCGGCACCAUCCCCUACACGGCGCCCGAGGUUUGCCAAGCCGGGGCGGAGGGCUUCGCCGUGGACACCAGCAUCGACGUCUGGGCUUUCGGGGUGCUCAUCUUCUGCGUCCUCACCGGUAACUUCCCCUGGGAGGCGGCGGCGGCUUCCGACGCCUUCUUCGAGGAGUUUGUGCGGUGGCAGAAGGGGCGGCUGGGGGGGCUGCCCUCGCAGUGGCGACGCUUCACGGACAGCGCCCUGCGCAUGUUCCAGCGCCUGCUGGCCCUCGACCCCGAGAAGCGCUGUCCCGUCAAGGAGGUCUUCUACUUCAUCAAGUGCGACUUGAUGGCCGAGGUGCGGCGCCGACCCUCCUACCGCUCCCGCAAGCACGCCGGGGACAAGCUCCCGGCCGGUCCCCAUCGCCACGAGGCGGCCGGCUCCUGCACCCCUGCCCCGCUCAAGAGGACCGUCCUGACCGAAGGGAGCGGACCCCGCGGCUCCGAGCCGAGCGCGGCCCCCCCGGGGACGGCGAGCAGGACAGACGGACGGCAGGACAAAGGCAAAGGGCAGAUGGUCCUGGCCACAGCAAUAGAGAUCUGCGUCUGACGGCGCCGGGGCCGCACGCGGUGGCCGCCUGUCCCGUCCCGUCCCCCCGCCCCGGGGACGGGGAUGGGGGGUGUUGCUCGUGGUGGUGGCACGAGCCGGGACCAGGCUCCGGGUCUCCCAAAGCAAAAAAAGAAAAGAAACAAAAUCGACGAGGAAAAGGACAAAACUGGUUGCGCUCCGUAGCACCGAGGAUGCUGAUCCCCCCGGCCCUGCCUGGGUGAGGCCGGCGGCGGGAGCCCGGCCGAGGGCACUGCUCGCUGCCGGCGAGGACGUCGGUGCUCCCGGCUCCUGCCACAGCCAUGCCGCCCCCUCCAAGGCUCCCCGCUGGGUGGCAUGGGGAGGGGUCUCCCAAUACG